AUGGUGUUGCGGGGAGGAGGUCGAUGGCUCUCAGCCUUCUUGCUGCUACGGCUAUGCAGCUCGGAGGUCCCUUUCAAAGUUCCCUUCCAGGUGGUGAGGCCGACUGCAAAUCAUUCUUCAAUGCUGCCUGUCCCAGAGGGGUUGGCAAGGCUGGCACAGCAUCCGAGCAGUAUUUCCGUCGUGUCAGUCGUCGGCCCUUUCCACUCCGGGAAGAGCUUCUUGCUGAACGCGCUGUUGGGUGACACCCAGGUCUUUUCCGUCGGUCGAAAGACAUCCCCCGAGACGAUGGGCAUCUGGAUGUGUCGCACGGAAUGGAAGGCAAAUGACGGGUCUGAGGUUUGGUUGAUGGACUCAGAGGGCUUCUUCGGCCCAGGCGUCGCCGAGAGCUACGAUGCCAAGAUCUUCACGAUAGCAACACUUCUUGGUGGCCACCUAGUGUACAAUACCGUGAAGAUCAUCGACCAGCAGGCAGUGAACCUCCUGGAGAUGCUGGCCCGUCGUGCGCAGCUCUUUCGAACGCGGACAUCUACCGAACAGGCGAAUCUCGAUACGCCCGAAUUCCUCAGUGUGAGAAGCUUUCCUCCGUUGACAUGGGUGGUAGAGGACUUCGUGCAGGAGCUUCCUGAGGUGCACGUGCACUCCUCCGAUCCAGCCACCGCCUGGCUCAGGUCGUACUUGUCGUACGCCAAUGAUACUUCAGGCGAGGAAGUGCACAUUCUCUCCAAACUGUACAGCGACGUGAAGGUGAAGACUCUCUUUUUGCCAGCGACUUCAAAGCCAGAGCUGCAGGACUUGUCGAAACUUCAGUGGUCGCAGCUCACGCCCGAGUUCAAGAAGGAGCUCGGAGAGUUGAAAAAACACGUCCUGGGGAGCUUGCAUGCUCGGUCCUUCGAAGGCGAGCCCAUGACGGGACGCACUUUGGAAAGGUCGCUGCGCUUCAUUGUGCAGGGUCUACAGCGCGGCAUGUUCCACGAGUUGCCAUCACUCUGGACCACUUGGACGCAGCAGGUUGCCGAGAUGUCCUUGCAGGAUGCGGAUACUUGGUUUUCAUCGCUCAUGUCCAGCAUCGACCAGAGCGAAGACCCUAUUCCUCUCCGAGACUUCAACGACAAGGUGGAAGAGGCAAGGACCAGGUCAGUUCAGUUCUACAUGGAACUUCUGCGGGACUUCGAUGUGAGCCCUGACAUUCCGGAGCUCAGAAAACGAAUGGCCGUGCACUUUCAGCACAAGCUCCUUUUGUACCACGAGCGAGUACAGCGAUGGACCAACGAAGCCAUCGUCAAGGCAAAGGAAGGCUUUGGCCGAUCACUAGCGGAGCGUGAGCUUCCUUUUGAUCCGGAUCUCUUUAGGAAGACUGGGGAGGAAGGCAUCCGCAAGACAGUGGCCGACUUCAGUACAAGGCUGCAGGUCUUCGCAGCGCGGGGGCAGAAUCCUGUUCAUGGCAAGGCAGCUUCCAUGCCGGCCUUUGCACAGGACCCGGGGAGCCAGCUAAGUGUCGACUUGCACACGAUGCUGGGUGCCCGCGAGCUGGAGAACGAGCGGGAGAUAUUGCAGCAUUUCAAAGCGGCCGUGGCGUCUGCUGAUGAGGCAGUCGACCGUGAGCUGAAGCUGGUAGGCAACAAGCUCUUGGGCAAGUCGCAGCUUAAGGAUCUGCAGUCCAUCGUGCAGUCGCGCUGCUGGCAGGCCUUUGAUGACAAACUGGCGGGACACAAAUGGAUGAAGCUUCUCAGUCACCACAAAACCCACAAAGCUCUGGUGCAGACAGAGACUUACGAAAAUCGGAUGACUCGCUUCACUGCAGCCAACGACCAGAGGCUCAGUGCCCACUUCCGGGCAGCCUUAGAGCGGUGCGUCAGCUCCUACAAGACCCGCAAGAGCAACUUAGCCAUGCCCUCCUCGGAGUCCGACCUCGCCGCGGAGCACCGGCAGCUGGCGGCAAGCAUUCGGGAGAUGCUGGAUGAGCAGGGUCGUGAGCUCCAAGAUACCGAUGCACACCGCGGCGCUCUGCGAAGCCUUGAGUCGGUUCUGGACGAGGGCUUCGUGCACAUCAAGCAGAAGAACAUCGAGCUUUGGAAGGUCCACUCGGACGAAGCCACGCGCUGCGCCUUGAAGGAGAAUCAAGCUGCCGAGAAGAACUGCCGGUAUGUCUGCCUGUUCACCCGCGUUCCAAUGGUUCACAAAGCCAACUCUCGAAAGCAUUUGUUGCAAUGCUUGUCGCGAUCCAGUACAGGAACCAGGAUGUCGCAAAGCAUGCAAAAUCAGGUUUUCGAAGAUUGGUACAACAAGGACUUGGCCCAUGAUGUAGCUACUGUCUGGACCAACUUCUACCUUUUCCUCGGCACACCGAUCAUAGGAAUCCUGGUUCUCUGCUUCGUCAGUGGCUGCGGACGUUCGUUCAGACAGCCCCCGCAGCCGCCUACAUCUUUCUACAGCAACACGCAACAAGCUGUGGUGCUUUUGUUGGAAUGGCACAAGCUGUUGCGACGCUUCAGCAGCGCGGUGGGCAUCAAAGUCUUCCAGGGUGAGCGUGAGAUGGCGGCAGACAACCAGAUGUUGGGGCAGCCGCGUGGUCAAGAGAUGAUGCCGAAAGCGGCAAUAAGCAGCGCCGUCGAAACAGCACUAGUGGCUUUUGACAUCGAUGCGAACGGCAUUGUGAACGUCAGUGCGUCUGACAAGGGAACGGGCAAGAAGCAGGCCGGCCCUUACCUCGGGGCAAAGAAUGAGGCCGAGACUCUCGCCUACCAGGCUCAUGAUUGCCAGUUCAUCGCCUAA